AUGAUGGCAGACCAAGAAGGCGGUCGCCACCGCCAGUCUUCGAAAUGGCACGUGAUGUGUCGCGCGCAUGGCGCGGUGCCAGGGUUCAUGCCCCAUGCUCCACUCCGUGACGGCGUCAUGCCACAGCGGCCCCUGCCACGGCCGUCAGGGCCGCUGAUGGCGUCGCCCAGUGCGUUUGACUUGUUUCAGAAUGCUCAGAUCCAGCCUUUCGGGGCACAGAUGGCCGUGCCGAGUAGCCCACCGCCGGUGCCGCCGAAACCAUCCACGCCAGGCCCAUCGCCCCUGUCGUCCGCUGCCGUAUGUUCCCGGGCCGAGGAGAUCCUGCGGCAAGGCUCACCAUCACGCCGACGCAGGUUUCCGGCCAUUCCACAUUCACGCACUCCUCCGCCUGGCCCCCGUCCGGGCCCUGACCUGCGUCCCGUCUCGCCUCGGGCCCACGCCAUGCACGAUUCAAAGGCCAUGCACGACGCAGAGGCAUCGGUGGCGUCCCUGGACGAUGGGCCUCGUCCAUAUCCCCGGCCUCUCCCUGUACCGAUACCGCGGGCAGAGGGGGCACCGGCGCUCGAUCUGGCGCGACCUUUUGAGCCCAGCUUACCUGCACCUCCUGACAGUUCGCGCACGGGCGCUCAAGGUCCUCCAGGGACGCCCCCGCCACGUCCACCGCUCCCGUCGCCACCCCCGCCGCCAGGGCCGCCAGGGCCGACGGCAGCGGCGGGCACGAACAGCGACUCCAUGAUACCCCCCUUGGCGCGCUCGCCGUCUCCCGGCGCACCACACGAGACCCGCCCAUCGAUUCCCGUGAUUAUGAUCGAUGGUGAAGUAAUGACGGACGACAUGAUGGAUCCGAUGGCCUCGGAUCCCGACGCAAAUAUUGCCAUGAGUGACGAGGCGCCGGCGCCUCAGCAUGCGUCGAGCUCAUCGGCGGCGGAGCGCGAACUGUGGCAAGGCUCGCGCGUGUCGGAAGGCAUCACCGCUGCCUGCUACCGGUGUUCACGCUGGAUCGGCGGCGCCAUGGUGCAUGCGAUGGGCCACGAGUGGCAUGCACGGUGCUUUACAUGUGCACAUUGUGGGACGCCGCUCGAGCACGUCUCGUUCUACGAGCACGACGGGCAGCCAUACUGCCACCUGGACUUUCACGAGCUCUUCUCGCGCCGCUGCUUCCACUGCAAGACGCCCAUCGUCGAGGAGCGGUUCGUCACAGUGGAUGCCUUUGGUGAGUCGCGUGCCUACCAUGAGCUGCACUUCUUCUGCGCGAGCUGUGGCGAGCCAUUCAUCGAUCCUAAGGACGCCGACGACUCGAGCCUCUCGGAAGGCAGCCGGCCGUUUUUCGUGCAUGGGCGCCACGCGUACUGCGAGGCGUGCCACCACCGCCUGCACCGCCCAAAGUGCCAUGCGUGCCACCGGCCUGUCGGCGACGAGCAUGUCGAGGCGCUGCGCGCCGUGUGGCACCGCGAGUGCUUCGUCUGUACGCGGUGCCGCAAGCCGUGUCUAGGCGCGGUAUUUGCCGCACCGGACGGCUCACCUUGCGACUUUGACUGCUACCACGCGUGGAUCCGCGGUGGGACCAGUGGGCCGGCGCCGCCUGCGCCGCCUGCCUUCGUACACUAG